AUGGACAAAGAUACUAUCUCAGCAUCUCUCGGAGCGGAUCGUGGCGCUGAUCCCGUCGAAAAGACCCGUAAGAGGACCUUGGGUAACGUCCGUCUUCGCCAUCCCGAGACCAACGAGAUCAUACUCAUACCGACCCCUUCUUCGGACCCCAACGACCCUCUAAACUGGCCCCAGUGGUUCAAGUACUGGAUGGCAGCCGUCAUCUGCUUUGCUAUGCUUAUGUGCAACUUCCUGGCUGCCGGCCCGUCCAUCGCCAUCGUUCAGAUGGCCAUGGAUUUUUUUCCGGGUGCCCAUCCCGGCAAGAGCCCGCAGCUCUUCAACGCCGCGGUGGCCAAGGUUUCUUAUUUCUUCACAACCACCGCCUUGCUCCAAGGUCUGGGAAACUUCGUCUGGGUCCCCAUCGCCAACAAGUACGGCCGGCGGCUGACGUAUGUGCUGAGCUAUGCCAUGUAUUUUGGCACAGCCGUCUGGCUUUGUUUUGAGCGCUCUUAUGUCAACGAGAAGGAUACUUAUCAUCCGUCCCCUAGCACCCAUCACCAUCGCCGACAUGUUCUUCCUCCAUGA